CGGCGACAUGCAGCAAAACAGGGCAGCUCUGCAUACGUCUUUCAAAUCCCAGUAGCCUGACGGGAGCCUGCUUCGUCCAGAAUGGGGGUGAAAGAUCGCCCUCAGUGCUACUUCGAUGUGGAAAUCAACAGAGAGCCAGUUGGACGCAUUGUCUUUCAACUGUUCUCCGAUGUAUGUCCGAAGACAAGCAAAAAUUUCCUCUGUCUGUGUACUGGUGAAAAGGGCACUGGUAAAACUACAGGGAAAAAAUUGUGCUAUAAAGGUUCUGUAUUCCAUCGAGUUGUUAAGAACUUCAUGAUUCAAGGGGGAGAUUUUACUGAAGGCAAUGGAAGAGGAGGAGAGUCCAUAUACGGUGGCUAUUUUGAAGAUGAGAACUUUAUUCUCAAACACGACAGAGCCUUCCUCUUGUCGAUGGCAAACCGAGGCAAGGACACUAACGGCUCGCAGUUUUUCAUAACUACGAAGACGGCACCGCAUCUGGAUGGAGUCCACGUGGUCUUCGGGUUGGUCAUCUCCGGGUUUGAAGUGAUCAAGAAAAUCGAGGGGCUGAAGACCGACGCUGCCAGCAGACCCUACGCAGACGUCAGAGUGAUCGACUGUGGACAGCUGAUUACAAAGUCUGCUAACGAUGUGCUCGAGGGCCGGAAGAGGAAAGCUUUUCAUUCUGAGGAUGACUCUAGGAGUUCUUCAGAUUCCUCCCUGGAGACCGGAGAAGAAUCGGUGGAACGGUAUUCGCGCCGAAAUAAGAAGACCUCAGCCAAAAGAAAACAUUCAAAAAGACGAAAGAAAGAAGUCAUAAGGAAAGAAAGGCAGCACAAGAAACCGGUUGUUAUGGGGAGCCUGUCCGAGCGAGACAUGGUAGAGGAGGAAGACGAACAGAAAGAACAUAAUGUAAAGAGGGAGAAGCCUAUGGUGCGCCCGGAGGAGAUCCCUCCUGUGCCAGAGAACCGCUUCCUGCUCCGUCGAGACAUGCCAGCUCAGGAAGAGACAACAAAUGUCACUGUACAGGACGCAGCAAAAGUGCCAAAUGACACCAAGCCAGCUGUCACAAAAUCUGGUCGGAAACUCAAAGGCCGUGGCACAAUGAGAUACCACACCCCUACUCGGUCAGUAUCCCGGUCUGAAUCUGAGGAGGAACGAGAAAGCAGUGAAACUCCUCCACACUGGAAAGAGGAGAUGCAGAGGACAAAGACUUACCAGCCUUCCAGUGUAGAGAAAUGGAGCAAAGGAGAAAGAUGGGAUGACCGAAGCGGCACCCCCUGGUCAAGAUCGAGAUCCCGAGACUACUCUUCAGACCGGGCCUCGAAUAACUCUAGUGAGCAUCACCAUCACAGGAAAGAGAAGAAAAAAACCAAACAUAAGAAGAAAGCAAAGAAACGUAAACAUUCAAAAAAGCAUAAGAAGCGCAAACUCAGAGACGCGUCUCUUUCGGAAGGAGAGAUGUCAGUGUCAUCCAGCAGAAAGUCAAAAGCCUCCAACCCUCCUGAGAGGAGAUCUCAUUCACCAUCUCGCUCCACGUCUACUUCACAUCACUCUCGCAGAUCAUAUAGAUCAAGGUCAAACAGGAGAAGAUCCACGUCCUGUUCGUCUAGAGAGUCAAGAUCUUACUCUAGAUCAAGAGACGGGUCGUAUUCUGGAAGUCGAUCUAGAUCCGGGAGUAGGUUUAGAUCCUACUCAAGGUCGAGGUCAGGAAGUCAGUCAGGGCGGUCUAUUACGCAAUCUAGGUCUUCCCGCUCCAGAUCUCGAUACAGGACAAGAUCUAGAACCAGAUCUAGGUCUAGAUAUAAGUCUCAAUCCCCAUAUUACAGAAAAAAGAGUACAUCAAAGCUUCUUGACCGCAGUACGCAGAAGGUUAAGAACUCUGUACCCACCUCUGCUCAAGUCGUAGAACCCAAAGCUCCUCCCUCUGCAUCUUCCGAGAGUGUCCCAGUGCUGCCGUUGAGUGACAGCCCACCACCCUCUCGAUGGAAACCAGGACAAAAGCCUUGGAAACCAUCUUAUGUUCGCAUCCAGGAGAUCAAGGCAAAGAAAGACCCACCCUCUCAGGCUCUUCUGAGUCGAACCCCAGUUAUGCCAGGGGAGACUCCAUCGAAUGUUCAGGGUCAGUUUGAGAAGUCAACCUCUCAUAAGGGUCUUAUUAGUGGAAAAAACAAGCAACCCGAAGGUCUUCCCCGAAGAGGUUCAUCCAGGAGUCGAUCAUCCAGCUAUUCAAGAAGCAGAAGUCGCUCUACUUAUCAGUCUGCGUCACCUGGUCAUUACAGUAGAUCAUCAUCAUCAUCCUCUUCUAGCAGGUCAGACUCUUAUCAUUCACAUAGAAGAACAUCCUCAGAAAGAAGAGAGAAGCGCCCUAGUUCUAAAAGAACAGGCUAUAAGAGACCCAAGAAUGUCAUGCAUAGCUCUGUCAAAGAAGAUGCAUCUCCCUCUCAUUCAGAUGAUGAAAGUGAUAGUGCGCCCAAUCUUAUUCAGAGAGACAGUAUUUCACGGGUGCAGGAAGAAACACUCGAUCCUGUGCCAGAUGUGCACAUCAAGGAAGAAAAGAAAGUUAAACCAAACAAUGCUUCAGCAGCAACUGCCAAUAGCUAUAAAUCUGAAUCUGGAUGGGAAAGUGACAACGGACAUUCGGGCAAGCUACCUUCUGCUGAUGAAAGUAAACCACCUAAACAUUCUGUUACAGAGGGGUCUGGACCUUGUGAAAAGAAAAAGAUGAAGAUUGGGGCUCAUUGCUGGGACUCUGAAAGUGAGACAGAAAUCCCAGAAGCGAACAACGUGGGUAGUCCAAAUAAACCUUCAUCAGAAAAAGAAGAGGGGGAAGCCAGUUCAGAAUCUGAAAUUGAAGAACCUUCUGUGGUCUCCAAAAAACCAAACCAGCUGUCGAAGGUUUCCGGGGAGUUCAGCACAAAUGCGAAACAUUCUAAUGAGCGUUCAAAAACUGAAAAGCACAAAAGCAAGAAGGCCAAGCGUAAACACAAACACAAGAGGAGAAACUCUGACAGGUCUGGCUCACAAAGAGCAAAGACAAAAACGAAAAGGUGUAAGAAGAAACACCAGAAACCAAAGGAGACAUUUCAUUGGCAGCCUCCACUUGAGUUUGGCGAUGAAGGUGAGGAGGAUAUUGACCCUGCACAGCAAGGUGCUAAUAAUGAGGGACUUAAAGAACUGGGAAAGAGCACAGAACUGACAUUGCGAAACAUUGAAAGUAAGGACAGUUCCAAGAUAAAUCACAAUUCUUUAAAAGAAAGCUGCUCAACCACAGCGACCCCUAAAAGUGUUGGUGAAUCUACGAACAAGAUAAAAAGUCAGCAGUUAAAGUUGAAUAUUGUGGCAGCACAAAACAAGCAUCCACGGACUGCUUCAAGUAAGUCAAAUGUUAAUGCGACACAUGCCCAAGACCAAACAAAAGAUCAAGACGAUAUGGAAAUAUGUACCCCAGAGCACAAUGCAGACACCAACACGGAACCACGUGAACCUUGUGUGGUUGCAAUUAAGGAUAUUCUUAAGAAUGGUAAUCAGCUUCUCCUACCUCAAACAGAUCAAAAGACCUCAGGUUCAAGUCCUCCUGCCAACCAGGCUGGAGAACCCACAUCUGGUGGGAUCGGGAUACCAGUCGAUCCCAAAUGGAAACCUUUAAAAGGUAUGACUGUCAUGCAAGCGCUCAGCCCAGCACCUCUAGCCAUGAAUAUGAACAGAUUACAAGAGCAGGGGGAGGGCAAGAGUCAGGGCCUCAAGAUUGAGAUCAAAAGCAAAAACAGGGUCCGACCAGGAUCCUUGUUUGACGAGGUGCGGAAGACCGCUCGGCUAAACCAGCGUCCCAGAAAUCAGGACAGUUCCAGUGAAGAGGAUUCACCUGAUGUCACUGGAGAGCAGGCUACAUCCCAAAAGCACUCGCGGAGCAAGUCCCGCUCCAUGUCCAGUUCCAUGCCCCGACGAAGAGACCAUUCUCGGUCAUACACGCACUCUAGGAGUUGGUCCAGGAGCUCCAGCUAUUCUUCGAGAAGCUACAGUAGAAGCAGAAGCAGACGGAGAUACAGUAGAGAACAUUCCAGAUCUCGGAGUAGUAGCUAUCGUAGCUAUCGCAGUCAUACAUACAGUCGAAGUCGUUCCAGAAGUUGGUCCAGAGGACGCCAUAGGUCAAGAUCCUACACUUAUGACAGUUACUCAAGCCGCAGCCGCAGUAAUAGUAGACGAAGGCGACACAGGCGCAGUGAAAGUUCUGAUCGCAGAUCAAGAUCCUAUGGUUCCUACAGUCGCAGUUCAUCAAGACAUGUAAGUCAUAGCAGUCGAUACAGCUGAGACGAUUUUUGGAAGAUUUCCUUUCGUCAUCAUUUUUAGUUGUUUUUUAUUAUUAUUAUUUGUUUAUUAUCAAGCUAACUCAGAGCCUCACUGAUCUUCCUAUGUUUUUGUAUAAAGAUUUUUUUCUCUGAUGUCAGGUAAUAUGAGCCACUUUGACCUGUACAUACAUAUCUGUAGUUUUCUUCAGUUGUAUACUGUAUAACUCGCAUAUGUGUGUGUUUUUUUUUUUUGUUUUUUUUUUUUUUUAAUCAGACAUAUCUGAAUGUAC